ACGCUCAAUUACGUGGGCCGUCUUGGCAGCCUUCGUGGCCUACAAAACGGCCCCGCCCUCACUCCUCCGUCCUUCGUCGCUCUCACCACAUCACCACCACGUCCGCUCUUUUCUUGACAAAAGCGUAGAUAAACCUGACCUUCUCGUCCGCAGUUAUGACCCUCCACGUCCCCCUCAGCCCUCCGAUUCCGGAGAACGUCACGAUGUGUGAGAAGUGUGGUGUUUUGAACCACAGCGGCUUCUGGUUCGCAUGUUGUGGCCACGGCCUCUGCAAGAAAUGCUACCCACAGCACCUCUCCGUCCAGUGCGUUGUUUGCCACGACGCGGACACACGGACCGGCUGGACACCGAACCACAUCGAGCAGAAACAAUUCAGCGUCAUCGUCUUCGAGGCGCAGGGCAAGACCUACCACGUCCACCUUAAGCAGUUUACACACCGGUCGCCUGAACUACACUUCUACAUCACAAAGGCCCUCAGGGUCUGGUUCGCGGCCCCCGACAACGACCCCAACAAGCUGCAAGUUCUAGGCGAAGGGCGGUUUACACUGAGGCUUCCGAACGAAGAAUGGCAGACCCUAAGGGUCAUUGUGGCGUGGCUGUAUAAGCACGACCCGUUCGAGAAGACUAAGGACACGCCAGACGUCCCGUUCCUACUUCUCGCCAAAGUCUGGCUUCUGGCGGACAAACUGGGCUUCCCGGCCCUACAGAACCAGAUUAUCCGCCGCCUCUACGUCUGGACACGCGCACACAACACCCGCAUUAACCUUAACAUCAUGAACCUUGUCUACAAGAGCACCUGGCCUGGUUGCAAGUUGCGGAAGUUUAUGGCCUGCCUGUAUGCCCAGCGCGUCGACACUGAGGCCAACAUCGCCGCCGAACCGGGCUUUCCGAUCAUUGAAGACACUAACGCAUGGGUCCGCAGCCGGGACAACUACAUCUUCAAACAACAGAACCUCCACCCCUUGGACAUCAUGGUCCACCACAACAACCAGAACAACUUCACGGAGUUCGAAGUACGAGAACAUGGAGACGCGGAGGGCGCAGUCUGCGGCGGACAGAGAGAGGGCUUUUUUUGGAGAGAACUAGGGACAUGAUGCACCUCAACAUGCACUGGAAGCCGCACGGAAGCCGCUGCCAGCGGUGGAUGCCAGAACCGGCCGGGGUGAAUGGGGUGGGUGUCUGGGGAAUGAGGCUGUGUGGGGGGUCGUUCAUGUGGUACUGAUCGUGCAGCGGUGUCGUCAACGUGGUCUGAUUUGGGGCGUCGAGUGGCUUGCGGUUUGACAGCUUGCACCACGGUGCGAGGCUCCUCCGGUAUGUAUGAGUAGGUAGCAGUUUCCUUCAAUCACAGCUCUCAUCUCCAACGC